AUGGUGUUCCAGGAGGCCGGGAGGCAGGGCUUGCAUGGCAUGGCACGGCAUGGCCUGGACGAGGAUCCUAAGAUGCAGCGGGCGGGAUCAGAAGAAGGUGGUGAGCAUCGCAUCCAUGGCCACGGUCAACCUGCCAGGAGUGCCAGGAAGUUCAUCCAUUCAACCCACCCGACACUCGAUGUGAUGCGCGCAAUAUGUUUCCACGAAGCGGAUGCAGCAUGCGUCCUGGUGUGGAUCUAA